CCCCAGGGGUCACCCAAAAUAUUGUUGAAGGAUACUCGCAAGGCUAGCUGGGAAUGCACAUUAUCACGCUCGAAUGAGUACGGUAAUGUCGAGUGUCCUCCUUGCUCCGGUAGCUGCAAAAUCUGCAGACUACAUGAGUUUCGGACGGGUUUCACCCUUCAAGAUCAAUUGGAGAGUGAUUAUUGGUGUUUGUCUGGCCUUCACUAUAGUUUUAGUGUACUAUUUGUUGACGCCGAGUGGAAUGGAGUUUCGUGGCUACCUGGAAUGGGAAGGAAAGACAGGAGGAAUAUUCUAUCGGGAGGAAAGUCCCCCCAGUGGUGGACGUUUCACCGUGUUGUUUCUCCAUGGUCAAGCGUUUUCUUCGCAAACCUGGGACGAUCUCGAUACUCUGAAGUUUCUGCGCUCACAGGAUUACAGAGUAGUGGCUCUAGAUUUGCCUGGUUAUGUGAAAUCCAAGGACGCUGAAGUCCCAAGGACUUCAGAUGAACGCGCUGAAUUUCUAAACAAGUUCAUGGAGAAACUGAAAAUUGAGCGGCCAGUUCUCAUAUCACCUUCUAUGAGCGGUUCAUAUGCAUUACCGUUUAUUUUUCAAGGUGACCAAGGGCGAAAUCUGAGGGGAUAUGUCCCUGUGGCUCCAGUUGGGACCGACAAAUACAAUGAAGAUGACUAUAAAAGCCUUAAACUACCAACUCUUAUUGUGUAUGGUGAAAACGACUCAACUCUUGGAGUUUCCUCUUUGCGAAGGCUCAGAAAUAUCCCUGAAAGUGUCAUUCAUGUGAUGAAAGGUGCUGGACAUGCUUGUUAUAUGACGAAUCCCAAAGAAUUUCACGAGAACUUGCUCAAUUUUCUUAGCAAGUUAUAAGCAUCACAUCUGAUAAUAAUUUAUUCUUUUGAGAGUAUUCUACUGGCUAAUUAAAAUUGGCCAAUAGAAAAAUGUUAUAUGUAAAUAAGUAAGGUAUAGCUAUGGUGGUUAGAUAUAAAAGAUUUCAUGAUAAAUAACUGCAAGAAAGGAAAACAUGUUCCUUUAAUUACUCCUGAAGAAAUCUGGUGGCAAAAACCGCAAUUUUGAUGCCUUUUUGUGAGUCU